AUGGCUGCCGACCACCACCAGAGACAGCGGUCGCUCUCCACGGCCGGAGAGUCUCUGUACGUGGUUCUCGGAGUAGAGAAGGUGGCCACGAAUGACGACAUCAAGAAAUCCUACAGGAAACUGGCCUUAAAGUAUCACCCUGACAAAAACCCUGACAAUCCAGAAGCAGUGGACAAAUUCAAAGAGAUCAACAAUGCCCACGCGAUUCUCAACGACCCGACCAAACGGAACAUUUACGACAAAUACGGCUCGCUCGGUCUUUAUGUGGCUGAGCAGUUUGGAGAAGAAAACGUCAACACAUACUUUGUCCUGUCCAGCUGGUGGGCAAAGGCUCUGUUCGUGCUGUGCGGAGUGGCCACAGGCUGCUACUUCUGCUGCUGUCUGUGCUGCUGCUGCAAUUGCUGCUGCGGGAAGUGUAAACCGCGGCCCAGAGAGGCUCCGGACCAGGAGUUCUACAUGAGUCCUGAAGACCUGGAGGCGCAGCUGCAGUCUGAUGAGAGAGGCGCCUCGCGCAGUCCCGGUCCUGGCUCUCGACGGCGUCUUGGUGCUGGCUCUCAUCGCCGUAACUGCCCGGUGCCGGUCGGCGCCCUGGCCCUGGCUCUCGUUGCUGUGUCUUUCUCGUGCUGGCCCCUGCAGGCCCCCAUUACGCGCCCAAUGCCUUGCCGGCGCUGGUCCUGA